UUCCUGCUUUCAUGUGGAUUUGUAAUUGCACAAAUCACUGAAAUACUGGAUGUAUCAGUCAGUACAGUUAAACGAAGAUUGAGGUUGUUCAACUUGUCAACUUUGAGGUAUGCACGCCUUUCUGAUGCAGAACUUGAUGAAGCGGUUCGGCAGUUGGUUGGAGAAAAUGAAGAGAUGGGAGCUAAUGCUGUUGGGGCCAGACUAGCUUCUGUGGGUGUUCCAGUGCAGAGAAGGAGAGUGAGAGAGAGUUUGAUUCGAGUGAAUCCUGCUGGGGCCGCACACCGAGCAUUGUCUCACCGAUUGCACCGGAGAACCUACAGUGUAGCAGGUCCCAACUCGCUGUGGCACAUUGAUGGGAACCACAAGCUCAUCAGGUGGAGAAUGGUGAUCCAUGGUGGAAUCUGUGGCUUCAGCAGACUGGUUGUGUUCUUGCAGACUUCAGACAAUAACAGAAGUAGCACAGUGUUUGAUCAAUUUGUUCAAGCCACUGCUAGGUAUGGGGUACCAUCUCGAAUAAGGUGUGACUUCGGGGGCGAAAACAAUGCUGUUUGCUUGUUCAUGAACAUAUACAAUGGAUCAGACAGGGGAAGUGCCAUACGGGGCAGAAGUGUCCAUAACCAGAGGAUUGAGAGGCUUUGGGGAGAUCUUUGGCGAGGUAUGACUAAUGUGUAUCAUCAGCUUUUUUCCUUCCUUGAAAGUGAUGGAUUCAUUGACUGUGCCAAUGAGCUGCACUUGUGGGCACUGCAUUAUGUUUACCUGCCACGGAUUAACCGGGACCUGGAGGUUUUCAGGGAACAAUGGAACAACCAUGGUUUGCGCACUGCUGGCCACCGCACACCAUAUCAGAUAUUUGUACAAGGAUGUCUUCAGAGACAAACACAAUCGCUCACAGCCAUGGCAGAGAUUUUUGGUACUGCCACUGCUCAACAAGGUGCAGCUGCUGCUCUUCCUGCUCUUAACUGGCAAGAAGUAGUGACAGUCCCUGCUAACCAAUUCAGUCCAAGCCAUGCACAGAUGCAACAACUCCAGGAUGUGGACAUUCUUGCAGGACCUGUUGGUAGUCUGGCUAUAGAUACACUUCAAAGUGUAAUUGACAUUUUGGAACAGUAAUUUCCUGUCCAUGUCACAGCCACGGCCUUGAACCAGAGACUAUAAUUGCUGGACAGAGUCUCUGUGACGUCACCCAUCUGUUUCUGAAGAGCUGUUUGAAGCAAAUCAGCGGUUGCAGCCAUAUUGCUGCUUUCGAGCGAGUGU